GUUUUGUUCCGCACGCCUUGCCGCCGGGCUCAUGGCUGCGACAGCUGCCGCCCUAGCGGAGCUGUUACAGGAGGCUGGAGGCGAAGCAAAGGCUUCCGUGGUUGGCAAGCUCUAUGCACGAGGAGCCCAGCACAAGGCUGCAAUCGCAGCUUGUGGCGGAGUCCGCAACUUCUGCCGAGCCCAUGCAGAUCGCUUACAGUACAUCGAGGAGGGUGCUGGAAGGGUGCGCCUGGCAGGUUACGGAGGACCGAAGGAACCUCAGUUGUCGAAGACAGAUAUCGACAUAUCGGAGGCAACAGUGCUAGAAGCAUUCACUGCAGCAGUUGAAAGCGCUGGAGUUCGAAAUCUCGGUGCUUUGAAGUUGGAUGUGGAGCAUGCCUUGGGUGUUCCGUUGGAUGCGGCGCGGCUGCGCUGCUGGGGCGCUGCAUCACUGCGGAAUCUGGUGGCCAAGGCGGUGGAGCUGCGGGACGUUGGCACGCGUUGCCUGGCCCUGAGCCACGGAGCCGUGCAGCUCUUGGAGGCCAAGAAGCGCAGCUUCCGAGAGGAUCUUGUACAAAUCAUCUCGGAACUCGUAGAGAUGGAGAUCACGAUCACUCUGGAGGCCUUGCACGAACGUUGGGCUUCUUCACAGCUCUUCAGCACCCUGGAGAUAUGGGGAUUCAGCACUUUUCGUGAAGCUGUCGAAGCAUGGGCUGACGAGGUUGGGAUCGUCGAUAUGGCAGAUGGUACCUUCGUAGUGCGGGGUGGUGCAGAGGUGGCAAUGAAAGUUUCCUCUGGAACCCUCUCGUCGCCUGAGUGGCCCGAGGCUGCUGCAUUGAUCUUGCUGCCCGCUUUGCGGCGGCAGCUCCAUCAAAGAACAACGGUACAGCUACCUAGCACUCAACUUUCCUGGCCUCUUUGGGAGGCGCUGUUGCAGGAAUGCACCGCCUGCCCCGAUGCAGCCUGUGCAGAGAGGGCGGUCCUGCAGAUUGCAGAAUUCAAACAUGCAGAGGAUGCGAUAGGCGCUCAUUUUCACCGCCUACGCGUGGCCUUAGCACUGGAGGAGAUUGCGAACAGGGCCGAGCUGCGCUUCGAUGAGCGGGAGAGGUCAGAGACUUCAUUUUGGCAUCGAGAGGUGCAGCUGGACCUCGCUCCAGACGGAUUGAUUCGAGUACUCAACCAAGGUACAGUGCAAGUGCAAGUCGGAGACCUCCUCCUUGUUCAAAUCCAGCAGACCGCGGAGUUCUUUGCUAAGGUGCAAGCGACUUCACCGACUCUUACUCUGAAGGUGCUGCAAAUGCCGAAUUCGGCCCUGGCCACCCUAGCCUCAGACGAAGAAGGUGGAGCGAACCAACGCCAUUCACGUUCUUCUUCUUCCCGGCGAGUCGCGGCGCUGCUUUUCGGAGUGGCCUUGGCCGUGCCGGGCGAACGCGCAGUCCUGGCGUUACGUGGACUUUGCCGCGAAGUCCCUUGCUGGUCUGGUCCGUUGUGUGGGUUGAUUCGACCUGGAGGAUCUGAAGGUCAGCUCGCCGACAAAGUCUUGCUUUCACAGCCAAUACAAGCAAAUGAGGGUAAAUGGAGCAAGUGGACCAAGCCUCAGUGUGAGGUCAUUGCGGCGGGCCAGAGGCAGCGGCUCUUGCUGGUACAUGGUCCACCGGGGACAGGCAAGACGAGCACUGCUGCCGCCAUGGUGUCUGAGUGGAUCAAACAUCACGAAGGGCGCGCGCUUUGCACUGCUGAGUCACAUGUGGCUGCAAAGCGCUUGGUGGAUGCGCUGCAGGGUUUACCUGUGAUGCACAUGCGAUGGACAGGUGAUGUGCCGUGGUCUGAGCUUCAACGCCAGCUUCAGGCAGCUCGAGUCGUAGUGGCCACAUGCACUGGUGCAGGUCACGAUUUGCUGAGCUCUGUGGGCUUUCGGUGGCUGCUCAUUGAUGAAGCCACGCAAGCAACGGAACCUGCCGCUUUGAUCCCGAUCUGCAGAAGCGCAGCUGAGCAGCUGGUCCUGCUGGGAGAUCCUCAGCAAUUGCCACCGACGGUGCUUUCAUUGAAGGCGAUUCGCUGGGGUCUUUCCACAACCCUAUUCGAUCGUUUGUCUGGACAACAACAGCCAAUGCUGUUGGAUACACAGUUUCGAAUGCAUCCCACGCUUUGCGAAUUUCCUGCAGCAGCGUUCUAUGGUGGUCAGCUCCGGUCAGCUGCCGCUGCCAGCGCUGCCAGCGCUCCAGGGCGCUCCGCAAUCGAAUUCCGAGGCGUACACAGCCGCGAGCAAAGCGUGGGCUCGUCCUUUUGCAAUCCGACGGAGGCCGAUAUUGUGAUGAGUCUCCUUCCUGAGUUGGCGGAUUUUGAGUCCAUCCUUUUGGUCGCACCUUACCGAGCACAACGAGCACUUCUGGAGAGGCGUUUGGCAGAUUUGCCGCCAGAUCAUCGACUCCAGGUGUCCACAAUUGAUGCUUUGCAAGGGGGUGAAUGCGAUUUCUUGAUUUUCUCUGCUACAAGAUCAAAUCCUGCUGGGGUUGUGGGCUUUUUGAGCGACAGGCGCCGGGUGAACGUACUUUUGACCCGAGCUCGCUGUGGUCUCAUUGUGGUCGGUGAUCCCAGGACAUUGCUUCAAGAUCCAACUUGGGCGAGCUGGUUGGAGUUCGCGGAAAAGUUCUGAAGCCGUGAAGACAUGCUGAAGCCAUGCUGAACAUGCUCGAACCUACUUCAAGACAAGACAAGACUGCCAGUGUGAGGGCUGUUGAGUUCCUUUCCCAUCAAAAUACUACAGCUUUGCAUGCAAGGCGUUGCGUGAUUUACCAAGGCACUUGCGUUGGAGCCAACGGAUCCGUACACCUUGGCUGUUAGGGCUGAGGCACACCUUUGCCUUGGCCACCGUGAUGAUUCCAUAGGUGAUUGCGAUCAGGCACUUGAGCUCAGUCCAGGCUUGGAAUACGCCGUUGUCAUUCGUGAUCGAGCUUGUGAAGUCUCUCCCA